UAGUCUACUGUUGUUUUAUAUGUUCCAGGAUUUCCUGCUGAUUUUGUGUAAAAGAAGAUCAUAAACUGAACAUUUUGAAUUACACAACUCAUUGUUUCAGAAUAGAAGCAGUAAGACAUGUUUGCACACUACAGUAGUAGACGGUGUAUAAUUGAACCAACAGUGGUUUUGCGACCAGUGACAUAAAUAUAAAUGAAAAACGCAUGAAUAAUUUACACAAGUAUACACAUUAAACAAAAAAAAAAAAGAUUGCAAUUUAUGUAACCCCAUCACAUGCAGUUUUCCCCUUUCCUGUUUAAGUAGUUUUACACAUAUAUAUUCAGCUUUUUCCACUUAUUUAGUUUGGCUCUAUAAUGUUUAGACAUGUACAUAAUAGUUAAAUGUACUUACCUAUUACCUAUUUUUGUUCAGCUUUGUUGCCCUUGUUUCUGCUGCAUUCUAUCUUCCUGUAAAUUGUUAUUAAAACUGUGUGUCAAUACAUUGAAAGACUCAAAUUCCUUGUAUGUGUACAUACUGCAGGCAUUUCCCCCAAUAAGUAAACCGUGCCAUUAAGCUUUAUAAACCUAUUAUCUAACUAAGAGAUAGACAACAAAGUGCUUGAUCCAUCGAUGUACCUGCACAAAGUUAAGAGCCAGUCAGCUGACAAAUCACCGACUGACUCAUUAUCAUGCUCUGCAGCUCAGAGGAUGGAUACAGUGGAGAUACAGAUGUGUUUUGACUGUCCGCGGCGGUGCUGAUGUUGCAGGGAGGGGCGUGACGUCACGGGAGAGACCGGGAGGAAGCGGUGAAGGGGGGAGAGGAGGAGAGGGGGAAGGAGAAGGGACGGAGAGGAGAGAGCAGGGGGGAUGACUGCAUCAAAAGGAAAAAACAAAACAACAAUCAUGACUCCCGUAAUUCAUCCAUCGUUUUUCUUUUAUAAAUCAUAAUGUUUGGUCUGGUUACCUACACAGUGUGCCGCAAUAAAUGACGAGCUUCCCCGAUAAGUGUAAGCUGGCUUGAGAGAGAUGUCAUCUCCGGGCAUGGGUACCCCCAGUGACCCCCUUUUGGCCAGUCCAGGAGGGAGGUUAUCCACAGCUCAGGAAGGUAUCUGGAGGAGCUCACUCCCCAAAACUGCCAGCUUCCCAACGUCCACCACUCGGCACCUGAGUCACAGAGCCAACAACUUCCAAAGACAGCCAAAGCGUCGGAAGCUGAUAAGACCUUCGCCACCUCCGCCGCCCAACACACCCUGUCCCCUGGACCAGCUGGACCUCAGUGAGCUUCCCCCGAGGCGUACCUUCCAAGAACUGCUCUUCAAUGGCUGCAUACUGUUUGGUAUUGAAUUUAGCUAUGCCAUGGAAACAGCCUAUGUGACUCCUGUGCUUCUACAGAUGGGCUUGCCUGAUCAAUUCUACAGCUUGGUGUGGUUUAUUAGUCCAAUACUGGGGUUCCUCGUUCAGCCUCUCUUGGGAGCAUGGAGUGAUCGUUGUACAUCCCGGUUUGGGCGAAGGAGACCCUUUAUUUUUGCCUUGGCUAUAGGGGCUUUGGUCGGUCUAUCCCUGGUGCUGAACGGACGGGACAUUGGAAGUGCGCUGGCUGACACAGCAUCAAAUCACAAGUGGGGAAUUAUCCUGACAGUGUGUGGUGUGGUUCUGAUGGACUUCAGUGCUGAUUCAGCCGACAACCCGAGUCAUGCCUACAUGAUGGAUGUGUGCAGCCCUGAGGACCAGGAUCGGGGGCUGAACAUCCAUGCACUACUGGCAGGACUAGGAGGUGGAUUUGGCUACAUUGUAGGCGGCAUCAACUGGGACCAGACACAAUUUGGAAGGUCGAUGGGAGGUCAACUGCGGGUCAUAUACAUGUUCACGAGUGUCACUUUGGUGAUCGCCACAGCCAUGACUCUGAUGAGUAUCCCCGAGCGGCCCCUACCAAAGAGCCAACCUAACAAAAACUCUGGCAAAAAUCAUCUAAAAAGCCCUAGCCUCGCUCUCCCUCCCUCUCCCCCUGUUCCCCCAGGAUCCGCUUUGGGACUGGAUGAGGAAGAUAUGGAUGGUCUUUACAGCUACAAUUUCUCUACAAACGCUCGCCCCUCCAACUCUGACCCUCUGGCCCAUUCUUGCAGUGCCAAUGCACGUCUCUGUGCUGGUCUCACUAGCCCCAUAUCGCCCCUGAGCCCCCUCACACCAAAAUAUGGCAGCUUUAUUAGUCGGGACAGCUCACUCACUGGAAUCAACGAGUUUGCCUCCUCACUGGGAACCUCCUAUAUAGACAGUGUGCUCAUAAACUGCUACACAGGUCAGCAGACACCACAGGCCCUGGCCUCCAACUCCACCACUGCCCCCCUGCCUCCAGGAGACUCCCCUCCUCCUGACGAGUCCACACAGGGAGCAGUAAGCCAUCCUGCGGGACAGGCCCAGGCUGAUGUGGUCUCUCAUCCAGCUGGGGAAGCUCAGGAUGCAGAAGCGCCACAGCCUGAGGGAGAUGCGCAAUCUCAUGGAGCAUCUCAGGUCACAGCUGGGGCUCAACCUGGUGCAGGGUCACAUCGGGGCUCUUCUGCUGGUAUCCUGAAGCGACCCCAGAGUCUUGCACUAAUUGAGGAGCCCAUGGCAACCCAGAUUGUUGGGCUAGAGAAUGGUCGCAGGAGAACUGUGACCUUUAGCCAGCAGGUUGCAAACAUUUUGCUGAAUGGUGUGCGCUAUGAGAGUGAUCUGAGUGAGAAUGUGGAGACAGGAGAAUCCCAAAUGUCAAUGAAGCUGCUGUGUAUAGCCAUCUACAGGAUGCCUCCCUCUCUGCGGAGUUUAUGCACUAAUCAUUUUUUGGGCUGGCUGUCCUUUGAAGGUAUGCUGCUCUUCUACACUGACUUUAUGGGAGAGGUUGUGUUUGAAGGUGACCCAAAGGCACCCCAUGACUCCGAGGCUUACCAGCGCUACAAUGCUGGUGUUAGCAUGGGCUGCUGGGGCAUGUGCAUCUAUGCAUUCAGUGCUGCUUUCUACUCAGCCAUAUUGGAGAAACUGGAGGAGCGUUUCUCUCUUCGCACUCUAUAUUUUUUUGCCUACCUGGCGUUUGGUUUGGGCACGGGCCUGGCCACACUAUCCACGAACCUCUACGUGGUACUUUCUCUCUGUGUCACCUAUGGGGUGCUCUUCUCCUCUCUAUGCACGCUGCCUUACUCUCUGCUGUGUGAAUACUACCAGAGUCCUCAGUUUUGUGGCUCAUCAGAGGAAGGGACCAGACGAGGGAUGGGGGUGGACAUCUCUCUGCUCAGCUGCCAGUAUUUUCUGGCUCAGAUCCUGGUCUCUGUGGCGAUGGGACCUCUGACCUCACUGGUGGGUGGGGCCCAGGGAGUGAUGUACUUUUCAAGCCUGAUGUCAUUCGUGGGCUGCCUGUACUCCUCUCUCUGCGUGGUGUACCAGCUGCCCCCCCCUGAGGGUGAGCCCCCCGAAAGCGAGACCCAGCCACUGUUGGUGCACAUUUAGGGAAAAAAAAAAAGCCUCUUAGUUUACUUUACCUCACGCACACACUCAACGGCACACACGCUCUCACGCUGUUGCUUAGUGUCCGAGUGUGUUGACCUUCACGGCACUGAUAGGACCAACACACUGUACACCCUGCCGCACACUGUACAGCACAAUUCCAUAUAUUGUUUCACACUAAUCAGCACUGUUCUUCUCAGAGCUAGACAGACAGACAGACAGACAUUGGCCACUGCUCUAAUAUGUGUAAACAUGACCCGUGUGUUCAUACAGUGUGUGUGCCCAUGCAUCUUUUCCUAACUUUUGCAAACGAAUGUGUGACCUUUUUGAAUGCAGUGUGGGGCAAAUGGAUGUGUGUGUGUGUUUGUGUGUCCGAGAGAGAGACUGACCUCUUUUAGUAUAGAUGAGUCUAUGCUGUUCUUGUGUCUGAUUCUUUGCUGUAAAAUCUUGCAUUAUCUUUUCUUGCUUGUUGGUGUUUGGUAUAGAAAUGUUGAUCACUACGUACAGGCUAACCACAGCUUUCCCCUCUUUUUCUUCCUUUUAUCAGUUGCCUAAUGUCUGCAUGAGCUGCAACGUAAAUCUCUCAAAGCCUUGUGUUAAAAUUUUGUUUUGGUCAUACGGCCAAGGGAAUGUCUACCUGCCUGUUUCUCUGAGUUAGCAUAUUAGCAUCACACCUUAGGCAGGUCUAUCUGACUAAAUGAAUGUGCUGCCAGUGACCACUCACACGUUAAUACUUCAUUAAUUCAAGAGCUCUUCUGGCAUAAUUUAGCAAACACAUACUGAAUAUUCACAUGAAGCUGAACAACGCUUAAUCACAAUUACAGUCUUGAAGGGCUUCACAUUGUUCACAUUUUAACAGCAAAUAAAAACAACACUUUCCACACAGUCCAGUCAUUAUGAGUGCUAUCCCCCAAAUUUCACACUUUGGUGCUGGGUGACUCUUAAUCAAGUCCCAAGUAUCAGUACAAUGCCAAUUAAACUCAGCAUAGAGCCAUGACUAAUAGGAUGACACACACUGGUACACAAAUGUUCAAAAAACACAGAGAAAUGUGUGCUGGUGGCAAAUUCUGUCUGGGCCCUCACUAAGCCAUGGACAGCCGUGAGCUGUCACCCUACUCCUGGCAAUGCCAUUGUAAUAAUGACAGUGAUUCUUGUCAUUAUCAGGAAGAGGAGAAGUUGAAACUGGGGUGUGAAUCAACAGUCAGUCGGAAACCGAACAAAACAGAAGAACAGCAAACAGGGAGAAGACUCAUGUGAACUAUGGGUAACCCUGCAGGUGGACAACAUUGAAAGAAAAGACUGUGGGGGUUCUUAGAGCCAGCAGCAAGUGCUUAUUGUCAUCUUUAGGGCGCAUGCUUUAGGUAGAAGGCUUCUGCUCCACCACGCUCAGCCCAUCAACUCAGUAUAGUGAUGACCUCUCAUUUGUUAUCAGAGUUCCUCACAGGAAGUAUUCAACUUCUUUCCCCUUUUUCCAUUCUAAAGAAGCCAUCUUCAUCAGAAAAAUGGUACAUGUAAUUUAUUUUUUACAUCUGUUGUGCCAUGGAAAACAGUAUGCUUUGUCUGUUCAGCCUCAACACACGCACCAUACAUGACUUCAGGGCUUUCCCCAAGAGGUUAACUUUAGUAUAUGACCUGUUUUAUGCUGACCAUUGUGAUGGUUUCAUUGACUGGCUCACACACUGAUCACCCCAACAUUAUGGUGCCAGUCAUAAUUGCUGCCUCAGCAGAAUGUCAAUAAUUGCCUACUAUUAAAGCCUCCUGGACUGACUGGAUGCACGCCAUGCUAACGUUUCUGAGGAAACAGUAACUGUAUGGAUCAUGCUGUUGCAGCUUGCUUGAGAAAAAUAACAAAACACUGAGUUUUUGUGUUCUAUGGUACCACCUAUUGCUCAAUAUUAGCAGUGUUACUGUAAAAGCUACUUUUAUUCAGGGUUCAUUUAAAACUAAAAUGAUAAUUUUGCCA